CGCUACCACUGCAGCUCGACUCCCUGCAACGUCGAAUCCUGCCCCGUCCGUCUUCUGGGUUCCCUGGCGCUUCUGCUUCUGUCGUCCCUCCAGGUCCAGGUCAGGCAGGUCCCUUCGCCGCGGCCUUCAUUCGCCUCGUUUGUCUCACCUGGUCUCGCUGGUCUCGUCUCAUCCUGUCUGGCCUUGCUUGCGGCCAUUGACCACUACCUGCCAUUACCUAUCCAUCGGGUCCGUGUCUGCUAGGGCUCGGGCGUGAGACAUCCGACCCAUUUGUUCCGUCUAGAUGACCGCUGUGUCGUUGGAUUUUAGUAUUUACUUCCCUCGUAUCCAUGACUUGACGCUCUCGACUCCGGCCUCAGCUUUUCCCCUCGUCCAUCGCCCUUGUUCAUAAAGGCACCCGCUCGUUACUGCCAUGGCGACCCUUCGAAAGCAGUUCCUUACUGCCCUCUUCAAAAGCCUCCUCAGAGGCAAGUCGUUGCUCCAGGCCAUUCUGGCGUACUGGACCGGAUCUCUCGCAGUCACCGCUGACGGUAAGAACCGUGUCGCCGUACCGUCACACCGCUCCACCCAAGAGUUCCUCAAGGAGGCUGAGGCACUGUUCCUUGGUCCCGUCAGCCAACAUGACCUACAACAGCUCUCUCGCGACUUGAGGAAGCAGUUCGUCGAGCGUCUCCAAACCGACAUGGAAUGCAUGCUGCCCUCCUACAGCCAUCAACUUCCACACGGAGCCGAACGAGGGCACUAUCUAGCGUUGGAUGUCGGUGGCUCAACCCUCAGAGUGGCGCUAGUGGAACUUCGAGGGCGCAUGUCCAAGGUCGGUGAAGAGAGCAGGAUUGUCAGCAUGCGCAACUUCGCCAUUACCCCCGAGAUUAAGGAUCUGGAGGGCAUGGCGUUUUUCGACUGGAUGGCCGCGAGGAUUAAGGACACUCUCGCCGGAGACCUAGAGCAACAUCACAGUCUUGAUCAGCCACUGCUGAUGGCAAUGGCUUGGAGUUUCCCCAUUGAGCAAACAUCUCUUGCGGGCGGAAAGCUACAACCCAUGGGCAAGGGCUUUUUAGCACAUAAUGGAUUAGUAGGCCAAGACUUGGGGCGGAUCAUCAAAACGGCUUGUGGCAACCAUGAUCUCAACGUAGAGCUGCGGGCAAUCCUCAACGACUCGAGUGCUUGUUUGUUAUCAGAGUCAUACACGCACUCAUCGACGCGAUUCGGUCUCAUCCUGGGUACCGGCGUUAACAUCGCUGCGUACCUCCCCAUCUCAGCAAUUGGAAAAGCCAAGGUUGGCGAAAAACCCGCCGAUUGGACUCACUUGAUUGUGAAUUCCGAGAUUGGAAUGUUUGGGCAUGGAAUCCUACCUUUGACUAGAUGGGAUCGAGAGUUGCUCAAGACUCACCCCAUGCCGACUUUCCAACCAUACGAGCACCUCGUCAGUGGCAUGUACUUGGGGGAGAUCUGCAGACAAGUCCUCGUCGAAGCCAUCGAAUCAACCGGCGUUUUCGGGGGGACACUACCUGCCUCUCUCAAGGAGCGUUACUCCUUGGCAACAGAGACUCUAUCAAUGAUUCAAAGUGAUACUAGUGUCGAACUUGACGAUGCCUGCAAAGAAUUCUCUCUACGACAUCCAUCGCCCCACACCCCAACGACUUCUGACCUCUACUUCCUGAGACAGUUGGCGUCAUUCAUCUCAACCCGUUCAAGUGCCCUCGUGGCCACGUGUGUCUACACUUUCUGGAAGUUGCGGAUUGAUGCCCAAGCCGACUGGGUCAAGACUCUCCCUGACUCCUCUCCUUUACGAACAACUGCCGAGGAGGAUAGGGAUAUGUCGGAGACGACUGUCGCUUUCAAUGGCAGCGUGAUUGAGAACUACCCAGGAUAUCUAAGUAGUUGUCAAAAAUACUUGGACGAUCUGGUGGCGAGCGAGAACGGUGCACAGGGUACAGUUCAGCUCGUAUCGGCCAAGGAGAGUUCCCUCUUAGGAGCGGCUGUGGCGCUAGCCUCUGUGGAAGGGAGCGCUUGAAGUCGUUUCUUUAAUGACAAUGACAUUGGUGGUGGCAUCAGUUACUCAAGGCGUAAUAUUUUGGCGAUAUACAUUCAAGGGACACCAUGGCGAUGCAUAUGAAGGGGCAGGCGUCGGGCAUGAUUUUGUUUCAGUUUAAAGACAUGAACAUGAAUAUUUGAUGGGCGGUUGUCAUGGCAAGACUUCGGAGGCCAUGAUGGGUCUCCAGAAUAGAGGCUUAAGCGCAUAGGCCCAAGAUGAUAAUAUAGGGGCUCCCUACGGUGGUACAUUGGGUCAAGUCCGCGAAAAGUGCAAAUGGCAACAUCCCAAAAUCACGAAGAGCCCAAAAUCAAGAGCAAGUUGCCACUCCAAGAAUAGGGCAGAACUCUAUGCCGUUUCAAUAAGCUAUAAGCUACUUAAAUAAACUUUUUAUACCGCA